ACGGCAGACGCCGGGGGGGGGGGGGGAGCGUUCCGUCCUGUGAUUGGGCGGCCGGGCGUUCUGGCGCCAAGUUCGAAGCGCAUAUAAAGCAGCAAGCGAACCGGGGCCUCCUUCCCACAGCCAUCCGCACCCACCGUUGCGAAGGGUUCCUGCCGCCGCCGCCUCGCUCUUUGCCUCGCUCGCCGCCGGCCAUGAUCUCCUCCUCCGCCCGCAGCCCGCUCUCGGCUCGCAACGAGCAGCAGCAGCAGCAGCGCCUCAAUUCGCGACUGCCGGCGCUGAAGGAUUUGGCGCUGAAGGACAAGGAGAACACGGUGGGUUGAGAAGGGGGAACCGGGAGCCCGUCGGCGGGCUGGGGAAAAAGGGCUUGUUUUCCUUCCCGCGCAGUCCAAGCGCCUUCCCUUAACUUGAUUAAUGCGCCCAGGACAACCAAGGCCUUUUGGGGGGGGAGGGGGAGUCGAUCCCCCUCGUUAUCCUUAUGCCCCUUAAUUAGUCCUUGCAGCAUAAAAGUCCAUGGCGAGUCGUCAAAACCGAGCCCCCCCCCCACAGAAUCAGAAUUGUAGAGUUGGAAGGGACCCCCCCCCGGGUCAUGUAGCUCAACCAGAUCACCCCUGACAGACGGCAGAAGUCUUGGAGGUGUUCUUCAUUUUGGCGCUUCCUUUACUUCAUUGAAAAGGAAAAGCGACCUCCCUCUGUUCUGCCUUCGCACCUUAAAAAGCGCGCGGUUUUAAUCGGUCUUUUGUGUCCCUCUUCUUGGGGUCCUGCAGCCUCCGUCGCUCAGCGCUACCCGGGUCCUGGCGUCCAAAACGGCGCGGAAGAUAUUUCAAGAGCCCGGCCUUGAGGCGGUGAGUCCCAUCUUGGGAGGAGGAAAGCGGACUUGGUGGGGGAGGGGGUGCCGUUUAUGGGAGGAGGUGUUAAAAUCGGGGGGGGGCGCGCUUGAUCUCGGGGGUCUUUUUGUGGCGAGGAGGCUUCUGUUCCCGCCGUCAUACGAGUUGAAGGGGGCGCUGCUUAGCUUCCCCGGCUGAGCAUUUGGCGCCAAAUGCUCGAAUUAUACAAAGGAACAGGAAGCCCCGACCGCCCCCAGGAAAGGGUGGGGCGGGGGUUGAAGCAUUAGCCUCUGGGUUGCUAUAACCGACAUUUUCUCCUAGGUGAAGUCCUCUGCCCAGGUUUCAGCCUGUAGCUUUAAGGCUUAGAUUCUCCUACUUUCUACUUUGUCAUUAUUAAUUAGGUUUAUCUGCUCGCCUUCUGUGACUGCUUCUAAGUGGUUCAUAAACGUAAAACGAAUGCGUGAUUAAAGCACACAGCAAAGGAAGCAAUUCUGUCAGAAGCACUUCUGUAUAGAACAUUUGCUAAAGCAAGCCUGCUGUAAACAAUAAUUAAAAAGGGAAUUUUAAAAGUUGGAUCAAGAAGAUCUAGUUCAGGGGAAUGCAUGGCUGAAUGAGCCUGUCUCUAAGCACGGACAGAAUGCCAGUGUGGGUGGGUAUUUCCUUUAGGUUCCUAUGUCUCCAAGAGAGAUCUGAGCUCACAGUGUUUAAGGGCAUCCAAAUUAGCAUUAUAUAUUGGCUGUCCAAUUAAUUUUCACUCUUAAGUCUAGCCUGUUCUACCUCCAUCCCAUCUGCUUUGCCCAUUCCUUUUGUUUCUAAUUUUUUGUCAAAAUUCUACCUGGGUUUAAAUCAAACGUCUCUUUCCUUGUGUUUCACUCCUUGGUAAUAAUCCCACCCAUACUUAAUUGUGUUAUACAUUUUGCCUCAUAACUAAAGUUCCUGAUGUAAUUCAAGUUCCACUCCAUAGCUCUCUUGUCAUUGUUUUAAUUCAGUCUUAUUUCCUUACUUCAUUUUUAAGCCCAUGGCCUGCUAAUAAUAAUAAUUAUUAUUUGCAUGCCGCCCAUCUGACUGGGUUGCCCCAGCCACUCUGGACAGCUCCCAACAGAAUAUUAAAAGCAUGAUAAAACAUUAAAAACUUCUCUAAACAGGGCUGCCUCCAGAUAUCUUUUAAAAGCCAAAUAGAUGUUUAUUUCCUUGACAUCUGACAAUGGUUUUAAGCUUUCCAUCACUUACCCUGCCCAUAUGCCCUUGUCAGCCUUUCAUUUUUGAGUAGAACCCUAGACCAAGAUGGGGAGCACCUUCAAAGCCCUUUUUCCCAGAUCAUCCACCUACCUUAAUAUACAAUAUCAGCUGUGGAGCAGUGAGAGAAGCUGCUUCCAAUGAAUCAUUGCAGUGUGUUCCAAGUUGUUUCUUGGCAAGUGAAGUUUGCUCUUGGCAGCAAUCAGAUGAUUGGCAGUGAAAGCAAGCCCAUUGGGACCAACCACACUAUGGAGAUCCUGCUGGGAAACUCUAGUGCUCCUGGUUCUUGGUCUUGGUGGUUACAAUGAGCCCCAAAACAGCUUGUUGCAAACACAAAGUGGAGGUAGAAUUUCCUUGUUACUCCUUUUUCAUUUCCAGAAAGGAGAUAUUUGGUCCUUGCAUUCAUGUAUUCUAGGAAUGGGUUGAUAUAUUACAUUUGUGACUUUAGGAUGCACCUAAAGGAGUGACACAGCUGCCUUCAAACAGUGUACAAGAUGAACCCCUGCUUCGGGAGAAUCCCAACCGGUUCGUCAUCUUUCCCAUUCAGUACCAUGACAUUUGGCAAAUGUACAAGAAAGCAGAAGCAUCCUUUUGGACGGCUGAAGAGGUGAGAGGCGUGUGUUCCCUCCUUCUAGGUUUGAGUGGAUGCAGGCAUGAUAGCAGACAGCAUUGCAGUCAUAUAGGCAUAUUUCAGAUUCUCCCUUAACAUUGCUGCAUUUUCAUUGGCUGCUUUGUAUAUUUAGGUGGACCUCUCCAAAGAUCUCCGGCACUGGGAAUCCUUGAAGCCUGAAGAGAAAUAUUUCAUUUCACACAUCUUGGCGUUCUUUGCUGCAAGUGAUGGCAUUGUCAAUGAAAAUUUGGUAAGUAUGCAGAAUCACUUCUGGGUUCCAUAGUAACCUAAAACUACCCUCUUCAUGUUUCCUCCUAUCCAAGCUAUGUAUAGACUACCAAUAUAUUAAUCCAUAACAUCCAGAGUGGAGAAACGAGCAUGUCAUCUAGCCUGGUUUAAGUAAUAGUUUAGAAUAGCAAUUAGCAUAGCACCACCAAUGAGCAAAGUGUCCUAACUUUUAAGGCCUAAUAAUUUUAUUUAGAUUGCAAGCCCAUCUUAAAUUAUAGCCUCACGUACCUCUAAAUGUGAUCAAUUGGAGUCAAUCUGCAAGUCACAGCCAUGUGUGCACCCCUUUUGACAACUGCACAUUGAGCAAGUGAUGUGGAACAACACCCAUGGGUUCAAGUUGACUUUCUCCUGCACCAGCACAGUGUUUCAUUCUGUCACUAGAUUUUUCUUGGGCUGUUAAAUUCAAACACUUCCUUAGAAUGAGGAUUGAGAAAUUAUCAAUUUAAUGUCAUAUUUAGCAAUCGGGAAGAUACCCUCACAAGGUGAAUCAUGAAACUAAAGAAAAAUUAUUUCCACCGCUUCCAAGUCUGGAAAUGAAGCUCAUCUAAAUCUCUGGGAAUCAAUGAUUAAUAACAAUGAAUUAUAAGGGGAUGCAAUUUAGAAAGUUCUAAUCUUUUUCUGGCACACAAAGAAGCUUUCGAUAAUGUGCUCUAAUGCAAAUAAAGCAUUUGUUAUGAAUCAAUUUCAUUCUUACACUGAGUAACAAAGAUAUUAUUUGCUUAGCAUGUUACUUUCACUGAAUCUGCUUCAAGCUUUAUUUGCUGCUGUUUCUGUGCCUUCGGAGAUGAACAUCAUAAGUAGUAGUAGUACACCAUCCAUCUGACUGGGGUGCCCUAUCCUCUUGCCAAUUUCAUCUGAAUGUUUUUUAGAAAUGUCAUGGAACUUCAGCUCUAGCUAAGAGAUCCAGGAUAACUUUAGUGGAUGAAUGAAAUUUUCGCAUAAAUAGUCAAACUGUCAGGAAGUAGCUGCCCACAGAACACCUGCUUAAGACAGAGUUCUGCUUUGUUUAGAAAUAUGGGCAGAAUUGAGGUACCUUUGUCCCUGGCAGAUAGGUACCCUUUUACUCUAAUUACCAUGACUCACUUUUGCUUUUUUUGGAAUUGGCCCAAAUGCAUGUGGAAUCUUUGUGCCGUCAUACACUUGUCAUAGCCAUGUACGAAAUUGUGGUAGAGAGCUUAAGCUGACCAUUGGAUGUCUGCAACAUCAAAUGAUGGCUUGCAUAUGUGAAUGAGCCUUCAUGGAUAUAGCACUAGAUAAAUCCCUCUGAUGCUUUUCAAUGGAGUUGACUGAUAUAUUAAGUUGUCAGACAUCAAGUAUAGAAAAGUGAAGUGAUUACAUUGUGAAUAAAGCCCAGAAUGGCAUAAACCCACAUUCAUUUCUUGAAUCAAACCUGGUUAAAACUGUCAUGGAGUUAGUGCAUACAGAAAUGUGUUUGGUACGUUAAGCAACAAAACUGGUGAGAGUACCUUUCUGUUGGAUGAGUUUAAUCAAUAGCUUAAAUAUGUGAAAGCUUUUUGUGCUUCUCAAAAGUCUUCAUUAGGCAAAUGGAAUAUUCAGUUCAUACAUGAGUAGCCCAUGUUUUUCAUAUUCCAUGUGAGAUGGCAUGGCUAUCGGGGUGGAUCUACACACAGGAAGAAAACCCACUAUAAAUAAGUCAGAAAUUAGAUCAUAACAAAAGGGGGGGAAACCCUAUGGAAAAUUAUGUAGAAAAUUUCUUUGCUCUCUGGCGCCAUCUAUUGUUGCACACUUAUAACACAUUCAAAUUAUUGUUUCUUUUACUAAUACUGUAUAGCUGAGUCCCAGGUUUCCUCUUUUCCAGAGGGAAAUAGUUAUGGAAAGAGUAUUGAAAACCGAAGUCAAACAUUGUUUUUUGUGUCCUCACACUAUUUUUCAAUAAGAGUAUGACAAUUGCCUUUCAGUAGAUCAGAAUUUGGGUGCUUUGAAUUUUUGCUGUUUUAAAAGCUUGGAUGAAAAGUUUCCUGCUACUCCUAAUACCUCAGCUAGAUCUUGAAAAAUCUCAUGGCUAGGUAAUACUCUAAAUUUCCAUUCCAAAAAAAAGUUACAUUACCUUAUAUCUUCCUAUCUAGGUUAUCCCCACCCCUUGCUGUAAUAUUCCACUUGCAGAGAUGUUUGUGAAUCAUGCUAUCUCAUUACUUGACCAAUAUGCUGCUGCAUAAUCUGGCAUCUGUCAGACAUACCUUGCCAUCAGCUUUUGCUGGUGGGGUGUCUUUCUGAAAAACUUUUCAAAAGUAGUAUCAUUUAUAACUGAAAUGGUAUGUUGUGUCCUCUAGGUGGAGCGAUUCAGCCAAGAAGUGCAGGUCACAGAAGCUCGCUGUUUCUACGGCUUCCAGAUUGCCAUGGAAAACAUCCAUUCAGAAAUGUAUAGUUUACUUAUUGAUACUUACAUCAAAGACCCCAAAGAGAGGUUAGUGCUGUUUUGAGACAAAUCUUUUCUUAUUCUAUAGUGAUUUUUUAAAAAGAAAGUAUAUGCAUAAAUAUUUUAAAUAUUAAAACGCUUCAAAGUCUAGGUCAUGUUUUUUUAAAAGUUCAUGCUUUUUUAACUUACUAGCAUUGUAGGAGGACACUUGAUUCUCUUACAAAACAUGCAAAAAAAGUCCUACCUAUUCAACGUUCUUGUAUUUUUCACUGCAAUAGACUGUAAAACAGCAUUGACUUUGGCUGUAUAAUUUGUAUUGAUUUCUUUUAGUUAGGCUGCUUUCUCUAAUUCCUGGGUUCUAAUCCUUGCUAAUUUCUGGUCUCUUUGUUUAUCGGCCUAAGGGAGGGAGGGCUACAAAUCUCUCAUUACAACAGAUUGUACACUUAGCUGUGUUAUUGUAUCAUUUUAGGGAAUUUCUGUUCAAUGCAGUUGAAACCUUGCCUUGUGUUAAAAAGAAAGCCGAUUGGGCCAUGCGCUGGAUUGGGGACAAACAGGCAGCAUACGGUGAGUGUUGCACUCGGUUCUCCUUUCUGGCACAUCCAUCCUUUUCCAGCGUCUGACAAGUCUCAUCACCCAAAUCAACAACGGGCUUUUCUCCCAACAGGAGAACGAGUUGUAGCCUUUGCUGCGGUGGAAGGCAUAUUCUUCUCUGGCUCUUUUGCAUCUAUAUUUUGGCUGAAGAAAAGAGGAUUGAUGCCUGGGCUCACUUUCUCUAAUGAACUGAUCAGCAGAGACGAGGUAAGGCUUCGCACUUCCCAUUUAGCUAAUCAAACUAUUUUGUUCCUGCUCUCCCUGAUGCUUAAAAGGCGUAACACAAAAGGAAAAGGGAUUGGGAGGGAGGAGGAAAAAGAAAGCAAAUGUGGCAACUAGUUCUUAAAGAAUUCUUAAAUGUUUUCUGUAUGGCAGGCAGAGAGGGAAGAAAGCUGCCUGCAGCUGCUCCUUCUUUGGCUGAUGGACAGAACGGGGGGGGGGGGUUUCCUCCCCCUUGCUAUGGUACUCUUCCUGGGAGUCUUAACUUCCCUUGGACCCCUGGUAUGGCAAAAGCUGGGGUGUUAACCCUUCAGCUCUGUAGCCCCAGGGCAAAUUGUAGGUACCGUUUGCCUUCGCUUUCUGGAAGCCGCCACCCCAGGAAAUUCAUUUAAAUGUUUCACAGUAUCUAAUUAUUAUUGAUGACUUGAGCACAUAACUUCCACCUAAAGGUUAAUUCUGCUAGAUGGAGGAAAGUUUGAGAGGAAAGCUCACCGAGAAUGAAUUUAAUUUGCAUUGCUGGCAGCCAUGGAAAACUGAAGAUCGCCCAAAAUAUUGUUCAUAUGGAACCUAUGCAGAAACCUUAUUACUUGUUACAUCUACAGCCACUCUACUGUUUCAGGCUUUUCAGGUUUGCUGAUGAUAAAGAGGAAAACUGCAUUCCCCCCACCCCACCCCACAGCAGUUCUCUGAAAUAUCCCAAUUAUUUUUUUUCCCAGGGCUUGCACUGCGAUUUUGCUUGCCUAAUGUUCAAGCACUUGGUACACAAACCAUCUGAGGAAAGAGUGAAGGAGAUCAUCACUAAUGCUGUCAGGAUAGAACAGGUAAUUGGCAAGUCUUUCUGGUGGUGGUAAAAAGUGCCUGAAGAAAAAGGGUACGGAAAGCUUAAAAGUUAGCAGGGCGUUAAAUUGUCUAGAUGGUGUAGGAUUUGCAUACUUACAUACUUGUUCACUUAAAUGCAGGAAUUCUUGACGGAAGCACUGCCUGUAAAGCUAAUUGGCAUGAAUUGCACUUUAAUGAAGCAGUAUAUUGAAUUCGUAGCAGACAGACUGAUACUGGAACUAGGUUUUAACAAGGUAAGUUCUGUGCUGUUUGCUUCUUAAGGGAUGAACAUUAAGCAACUGCUCUCUGGCUCGUUAGUGGAAAUUUGUGAUUAAGAAACAGACUAAUUCAGGGGUGCAGUUUAUUUAUUUCAAUUUAUGUUCUGCCAAAAUGCACUCAAGGUGAACAUGCAUUAUAAUGCUUUUUUGUACAUAAGUCGUUUUGAUUAUCAUAUUCAAGGGAUGUUCCCUUUUACAUAUAACUGAACCUUCCAUCCGUGACUUGUGGAUUUCAUGUUCUUAAUGCUAAAUCUGCUGGGUUCUUUUUGCAGUGACUCACUGUUAUGCUUGCAUAGUCUUGCUUAAUUUUUCUAGAGGCCCUUGGUCUAUUGAUUCUUUUUAUAUUUACAAAGCAAGGGUCCAUACUGGUAGAGAGGAGGUCCCUAAAUGGUUAAGGCAUAAAUUUGCACUUGUUGAAUCAAACAAAAACAAAAAUCCACUUGGUCCAGAACUUCUUGCAGUGAUUCCAGUAAUCUGCAGGUCAUAGGUGAUCCACGAGACAUUAGCCAGCUAAGCAAUGAUGGACGAUGGUCUUGCCUUGCUCUGCUCAGUAAUUAAUAGGCAGGUUAUACAUGAACAUGUACCAUUCAGGGUAAAGGUAAAGUAAAGGGACCCCUGACCAUUAGGUCCAGUCGUGACCCACUCUGGGGUUGCGGCGCUCAUCUCGCUUUAUUGGCUGAGGGAGCUGGCUUACAGCUUCCGGGUCAUGUGGCCAGCAUGACUAAGCUGCUUCUGGCGAACCAGAGCAGCGCACGGAAACACCAUUUACCUUCCCGCCAGAGCGGUACCUAUUUAUCUACUUGCACUUUGACGUGCUUUCGAACUGCUAGGUUGGCAGGAGCAGGAACCGAGCAAUGGGAGCUCACUCCGUCGCGGGGAUUUGAACCGCUGAUCUUCUGAUCGGCAAGUCCUAGGCUCUGUGGUUUAACCCACAGCGCCACCCCCGUCCCUUAGCAUUCAGGGUAAGAUACAGGCAAAUAAAAAAUGGAUACUUCUGUCAGGGAAAGCAGGAGAGAGCAGAUGAGUCUUAAGAAAUUGCUUAAAUUUUAUAGAACUGGAAUUCAGGUGGGAGACUUACAGAUACAAGCUGGGGGAUCUAAAGAUAGUACAGAAUGAACAGAAACCAGGAUGCUAUGGACCAGGAGAUAAGAGGUGUAAUUUUACUCGAGUCAAAUGCACCAUGGAACCAAUGCGCACCUCAAUUUUCAGAACCUUGAAACAAAAAAAAAGUAUUUGCUGGCAAAUGUAAAUGAGCAAUUGAGUCUAAUGCGCACCCCAAUUUUCACAACGUAAUUUGGCCAAAAAAAGGUGAGCAUUAGAUUCAAGUAAAUACGGUAGGUUGUUUGGGACUAGAUGUUAACAAGGUUAUUUGUAUGACGUUCAGCAUUUCCUGUCAGAUUGUGUAUCCUAGAUAAGACCCAUAAGUUGUCAAUUUUAUUUGUCUUCAGAUAUUCCAAGCUGAGAAUCCAUUUGACUUCAUGGAGAAUAUCUCACUGGAGGGUAAAACUAACUUCUUUGAAAAGCGUGUGGGAGAAUAUCAGAGGAUGGGGGUGAUGUCGAAACCUACAGACAACUCUUUCACUCUGGAUGCAGACUUCUAAAUUGAACCCAAGACUGUUUUGGGGUUUGCUUGAAAUAGCUAGCAGUCUGUCCAGUUGUCCUCAAAAUCCUUGCUCUUAUAAUGUGUGGUGGUACUUUAGAAAAGUUUGGGAAUUUUGUUUGUUUCCGGUGCUGAUAAAUGUAUUUGUACAAUACAUGGGUCGCUUGAUUAUCAGAAAUAUCGGUGCUUGCUGGUCUGUUCCGUUAUCUGGUCAUAGGUCACCAGUAGUUCCUCCACAGAAAAGCAAGUUAUACGGGGUGCUAUGUAGAAAAUGGCAGUUUCAGGGCCUCUUCUAUGGGUUGUAGACAAGCUGCAGAAGCUACAUAACCACAUUGCCUCUUAGCAGGUUUUAAGUCUUUAUUUACUAUUUUAAUAAUUUGUACAUAGAUAUGGCACUUUAAUAAUAAAGGUCUGUCCUACAAUUCCUUGAAAAGGCUGUGGUAAUGUGGGAGUUUAGAACGAACUCUUUUUAGACUGCUUUUCAUCUUCAUUUCUCUGAUUUACUUGCAUGUAAAUUAAAUACCCAAAGUGCUGAAAUGAAAAUCUCUCGGAUGUGUAUGGCUUCCGAUAAAAGUAGUCUUUGUAUAGAAGUAAAAACUUGAAUAAAGCUCCAGUUUUCAAACUGCUGGAUCAAAUGC